UCUGGCAUUCGCUCUGUGGGAGUAUCAGUGUGGUGACUGCUUACUCGCGGGAAGUGUUCUCAGGCCACGAUUAGGUGAAGCCCAGGGAUAUUUCUCUUCGCCCAUGCAUCCGAGAAAGGAGUGUUAGACCUGACCCUGUUGUUUCUCCCAGCAGUGAGAACGUGGCCUUGGACGAGAAUUCCAAGUAGUGGCACUUCUGUAGACGACGCGGCCCUUUUGGGGUUACUACUACCCAGGAAACUCACAUGCGACACGGGCGCCAGCUGAAGUGCAUCUAGACCCCCGCAGACCCAAGGUUACAAGUUGAGAACCCCCUGCCAUAGACAUUCUUCUGCACCUAGUGGUGGAGCAGGCGGAGCUGCACCCUGCUCCGCCCAUUUGGAAACUGGUUCUGCACAGGCGGCGAUCCCCGGAGGCGAGAUGAAAUGUGACUGAAGCCGGUGACCUUAACCGAAAGUCGUUCCCAGGCUACGAGCUGCCGCCAAGGGGUGGCCUAGAGAUGAUGGAAGACUACGAGCCGGAGAGGUGGCCCACCCUCAGGGAGCGCUUGUGCUCAGAUGGCUUCUCAUUUCUCCAAUACCACAUCAAAUCAUCUCAUCUGAGAAGGAUCCACAGAGCUACCGUCAGUGGUAGGCUAGAGAAACUGGACUACCUUCUGUUCACGAGAAGUGACAUCAAUGAGAGAGACAAGAAGGAAAGGACUGCCCUACAUUUGGCCUGUGCCACUGGCCAACCGGACAUGGUAUCUCUCCUGGUGUCCAGAAAUUGUGAGCUUAACCUCUACGACUGUGAAUGCAGGACACCUCUGAUCAAGGCUGUGCAACUGAGGCAGGAGGCUUGUGCAACUAUUCUGCUGAAAAAUGGUGCCAAUCCAAAUAUUAUGGAUUUCUAUGGAAGGACUGCUCUACACUAUGCUGUGUAUAAUGAAGAUACAUCCAUGAUAGAAAAACUUCUUUUUUAUGGUACAGAUAUUGAAGAAUACAGCAAGGUAUAG